AUGUCACACGUCAAAAACGAAAUUAAUCAUUUGAAUAAAACUCUUCGUAUUAACAUAACGAUACCGAAUGUUUCAAGGCCCUCAUUUGUGUGGAGUUACUUUGAGCAAUUAUAUAAAAAGCCAAAUACCGCAUUAGAUUUGAAACGACUUUAUUGUAAAGUGUGUUUUGAUAAAAUAAAAGAAGAACGUCCGGAUGACAAUUGUUCUUCUAUUCGAAGCAAAGUAGCUAAUUAUGGUACAACAAGUAGUACGGGAAAUAUGAAAACCCAUUUAUUAGCUGCUCAUCAAAUACAAGAAGUUCAAGCAAUGAAAGUGACGGAAAAACAUGUUCUCACAAUGUUUUCUCGGCAUCGGGAUCGAGACGCAACAAAAAAUUUACAACUAAAGAUCAACUUGGGCAUCAAUUAA